AUGGCUUCUUCCCCACAGGCCCGUUCGCCGGUGAUUACCGUUAUUUCUUCGCCAGUAGCUUCCCAAGCAAAAAUAUGUUUGGAGCUGUUUGACCUGGUGGCCGAAUUUCCAUCAAUCGGAUCUGAAGCUGCCGAUUGUUUUGGCCGCUUUAAACUCUGGGCUGGAAACCUUGGAGCUUUACAUGGACUCGAAAUCGAGAGCUCACUCGAUUUUCGGCUGCGAAAUACACCCAAAAUUGCCACUCAGAUUAUUGACCUCCUUGAAGAGCUUACCGAAUCUCUCGAAGAAGCUUACUCAAUUGCAUCGAACACGAGGGCGAAUCGCACAAGUUCUUUGAUUGAUGAUGCCGACGUUUCGAGACCGGACGGCGAUGAAGAAGUCUCCGAGAUUAAGGAGAUCUUCGCAUCGAUCACUGAUGCUAUCAACAAUCUCUUUCGACUUUCAAUGAUCAUCCGCAAUAGCACAAGCAGAGACCGCUAUUCAAAAGCUGCAGCUGCUGCAGCGGCGAGCUCUCCUUUUAAUGACCAAUUCGACAUAAGCCAUGUCAGACAUAAAUUCCCUACCCUCCAUUCAAAAGGUAAGGACUGGUUAGCAAUUCGGCUAGGUAAAGCAAUCACUCAAAGACGGCAGUACCUUUGGUAUUGCCGAGAACACCAUGCCAGGACGCUGAGAGAUCCACAAUCGGUAACUUCGAAAGAUCGUACUACUUUAAGACCCAGCUUUGCAGCGGGUAUGGGCGCGGAUGGACAAAGCGCCCAUUUAAACACCGCCCUGAGCGGUAUUGGACAAACCCAGGCUUCUACGUUGUUAUUAACCUCUGAUCUGAUUCCCCACGAGGACCCUGCUGAGGAAUUGCGGUCCGAAACAUCGUAUGCAACUUCCAUAGACGAGGACAAGAGCAGCACCAAACUUACAGUUAUACCAUUGGAUAAUGUCUCCAAAGACCUGUCUCAUUUUGAAUGCCCAUACUGCUGGCAAAUACAGGGAACCAAGACUCAGAAAGCAUGGAGGAAACAUGUGCUCUCAGAUCUCAAGCCAUACGUUUGUACAUUUGAGGCUUGCGAGCUUAAGAUGUUUGCGGAUCCCCAUACUUGGUUUUUGCAUGAGCUCCAAGACCAUCGGAAAGAGUGGAAAUGUUAUUUCUGCUCCCACAGUUCCUUCACCUCUUCAGGUGAUUAUAAGAGCCAUCUCAAACAUCGACAUUCUUCAUCUUUCUUCGAAGAUCAGAUUCCUGUUCUCCUUGGGAUGAGCCAACGACCAGCUAUAACAGCCUCUCCAGCUGAUUGCCCCUUUUGUGACGAUUGGGAAACACGGCUUAGAAAAAUCAACUUGCAUAUUCCGGCAUCAGAGACGCUUGUAGUUACUUCCAAUCAGUUUAAGCACCAUGUGGGAGCUCAUAUGGAACAGCUGGCGUUGUUUGCAAUCCCUCGAGGUUAUACUGAAGAGGGCAGUGCAGAUUCAAAUAUUGCUGAAGCACGCGUGGAUUCUGAGAAGUCUUCUUUGAUAGACAACGUACACCAAUGGGACGUCGAGGAGCCCGGAAAAUCCAGAGAAUCAUCGGCUACUGAAGCCGAUAUUCCCCGACUACCAACAUUACAAGAUGUCCUGUCCAAUUCCGCUCCAGACCCAUGGAUUCUCGGGGCUUUUGAAGAGUGUAUUUCCCGCAAUAAUGGCUUAGAGCUUUCCGAAUUUUUAGAGGAUGCGAGGAGGUAUCUAAAGGUCUAUCACAAUAUGACUAACGAAGAACCCAUUUACGAACUGGUCUCUCAAUAUGCGUCUGACCAGACGUACAUACGGAUGAUGUGGAAGAGCUUGCUAGACACUUAUAUUGUAGCAAACGCCCCUAAGGUAGUCGACAUCCCCUCGUCGAUUCGAGACCACUUGAUAUCACUUCAUUACGCCUCAAUGCCACCAGAUCCGGCAGAUCUCGACCUGAUUAUUAGUGUCAUCUGUGUGCUCCUGGAUGACUUUCCAAUUGAUUCAUACGCUAAUUUCAUCAAAUCGGAACGGGCCUAUGGUUUGGAUAGGUCCGCGGGCUUGGAAUAUGCCACAAAUGAAAGAAAGUCUGAGCGGCUGGAUUCGGAAAACAAUUUGAUUUCUGAUGUGGACACCAUUCAUGGACCUACGAUAGACGAGGUGUCCCCGGAGGAGGAGAGGAAUUCCUACCACGUUUAUACAAUUAAGGCUGCGCCAUUGAACGAGGGGGAAGACCCUAAUUGGAGCACAGCUGCGUUUGUCAAGGAGCAACUAGCCGAAAGUGAAAUCAUAGAGCAAACCAAGAGGCUGAAUGACCUUAACAGGCAGCCGGUGGCUGAAAAAAGGGCGUCUCUGAUGUGUAACCAACAAGACCCGAUAUCAGAUUUUUGCCUAGCAUCCAACGAACUUGAAACAACCUUCGAAUGGUCCCUAAUCCAACUCGACAGCGAGGAACGGUUCAUUAUGCCUGAGAUGAAGAAGACUUCAAUGUUAACUGCAUAUAUCAUUCGUAGCCGGAUGGGGGCCUUGGGGGAUAUGACCAGUGCCUCUUGGAAUAUCUGCGCCUAUUGUGAUAAAUUUCAGGGCAACAGCCAAAAGGACCAGCUCCGACGGCACAUCCGCAAUUAUCAUCACGUCGAGGACAGUGCUUCUUUCCAAGAUGGCGAUCAAAUUUCUGAACUCUUAUACUACUGCCACCAUGAUAGCUGUGAUCUAGCGGGAAAGAAUGGCUGGAUGUCCGAGAUCGAUAUGGUGAAGCAUGUAAAGAAAGUCCACGGCUUUUCCAACUUUGGGCUUAAUGGUUUUCGAUUGGACGCAACCCGGCCGUUGGCCGCCCCCUCCCACACCACCUAA